GCCGCCGAAAGAUCUCCGACAAUCAUCAUCUGCAUACAGAAGUGGGAAGAGAUGAAGAUCGCAGUACUACUCCUGACACUAAUGGCCGCUGCAUGGGCUUCACCUGUCUCCUUCUCCAAGACGAGCGACGGCUGGAGCAAGGUGACGUCAAGAUCUCUGGCACAGCAAAUGUUGGAGAGUAUGGAGGAGAGCUAUGGAAUGCCUGGCACAAGUAAUGCAGAGAGGUACGAUGCAUUGGAGAGUGAUGAUGAAGAUGAGUGGGUGCGUGGACCAGGAGAUGAUGAUAACGAUGAUGAUCAUGAUGAUGACAAAGACAACAGUGGGGACGGCAAACGUGACCAAGAAAUAAGGGAAGGAGUGUGCAUCCAUCGUGGAACCCAGCACACGAUAGAGAGGGGGAGUGUGGAGGUUCAUCCAGCCCUGUGCCUGCUGUGUGCCUGCCAGUACUCCGGGACUCUACGCUGCCUCAAGACUUGCUGACCACACAAGGUGGUGCGGGGGGCAGGGCACCCUCUAUGAAACUUUUGUUCAGACCUUGUCAUCAUUCCAAUCAUUGAAAGGAGUGUUACACUUUUUAUGCUGUACUUUAGAAAAUAUUAUUAUGAAACAUCGGUACACGUACACAACUCAUGUUACGUAUGUUCAAGCACUGCACACGUGAGUCUCGAUCAUCUGCUCACUGUUACUCUAACACUAUGCUAGCACUAGUUCAAAGAAUGUGAACCAGUAGUAGAUACGGUGUAUGGGGGUACAAAACAUUUGGUCAGCUACAGAGCCAGGGAGGCAAGUCGUGAAAGAUGACUGCUUGGAAAACCAGAGUAGCACACUAUUGACCUGCGACCUUUGAGCGAGGUCAUGUGCCCUGAAGAGAUUCCUCGUCUUGUGAGAGACGGUGGCACGUGGUAAUGGUUGGCCCCAGGCACACAUGACUCCCCGGUCGAACCAGGGACCUCACGAUCAAGAGAG